CUUCUGUUAUCAGUAACAAGAACCAUAACAUUAUUACAAUAAGAAAUCUGAGUAAGUGGCUUUGUUUCUUUUUGCAGAUGACAGCUACAGAGUUGGACAAAAAGUUGCUAUUCGUAUAGACAUCAAACCAAGGCAUAAUUCCGGUAUUAUAAUGGCUGUCCACAGUAGUUAUGACUUCAUGCUUCUCCAGAUGGUCGAGGGGAAGGUAAUGUUCAGCGUAGAGAACGGAGCUGGCAUCAUCAGUGUCACCUUUGAGCCAUUAAACGGAAACAGCUACUGGCUGUGUGACGGCUACUGGCAUAACAUUCAAGCCGUGAAGACGAAGAACGUGGUAACACUCAGUAUUGAUGGACAUUCUAGCACUCCGGGUAUUGGACAGGCUGGUGUAUCCUCGACUGACACAAAGGACCCCUUAUACGUGGGUGGGGUACCUGACCCAACAGGGCUUCGAGGAAUGAAUACCAUGCAGAACUUUGUAGGGUGUAUGCGCUACGUGGAGUUGAAUGGUGUUAUCCAGAAGCUUGUUGAUGGUAGGGCAUUUGGUAACGUGACUCUCAACUCCUGCCCAACCAUUUAACCACAACACUUGAUUUCUUCGAAGGAAACUUCAGAAACACCAACUAGUUCUUUUCUAUCCCAUCUGCUUUAAUAAAAACAGGAUUGCAAUAGUUUAGCUUUUCAAAUCCUGUUUUUUUACUUAAUAGAAGACUGGUCACCUUUUGUAAAAACACCAGUCUUCCAUAUGUACUUUUCCUUUUCUUAAUAAAACAGUCAGCAGCAUAA